CAUACAUUUGAGCAGAUGCCGUAGAGUCUUAAGAGUAGGGAGUCGUGCUACUUUCAGCACGAUAAUUUUACGUCCUCACAACACUCAGGAUGGCGUACUCGUUCUUGCGAGAGAUUCGAUUUUCGCGAGGAAGACGCAAGAAACAACUUAGAGUUUCAGUUAUUUAUCUCGGAGGCGUGGAAAUUCUCUGCCCUCUUGGGGAUGGAAUAUGCGGAUCAGUGCAGGAAAUAUUCGACAAUUGCCAAGAAAAACUGAAACGGAACUUGCUUACCAAGCGUAUCAUGGAGAUCAAAGACAACAGCUUUGAGUUGAAAACCGACGGCGAGGCUCAAGAAGCUCACAAAGUUAUUUACAAUUUCAGGAGAAUUAUCUACUGCGGUGUUGAUGGAAAAAGACCCAAAGUGCUUGUAUUUAACUACCACCACGGUCCAGGGGAAGGACGGGAAGUGUAUCUGACGCAUGCGUUCUUAUGUGAAACUAAGAGUUGGGCUAAGAAACUGGCCAUCGCAGUCGCAAAAUAUUUUCAUCACUUGAAAUACGAUGGGGAACAAGACACGAAUGGUGUUACAAGCGAUUUGCUGAAUGAGAACUUGGAUGGUUUUGGUUUAAAUCAAGAUGACGACGCAGAAGAUAUUGAACUAGCAAAUAUUUAAACUAACUGCAUGUGGAGUUGACCUUUUAACUUUUUACCCAGAAUUCAGAAUGAGACAGCUGCAAAUUAAAAAGACAAAGAUUUUAAUCACAUACAGUCGAACCUCCCGUAAGCGACCACCCAAAAUGCAACGACUGAGUGGUAGUUUACGGGGCGGGUUAACGUUAGAUGACAUCGAGUGAAGCCAGAUUGAACACCUUAUGAAUUUUACACAACGCAUUAUUUCCAUAAUGGAACGAGACUGGAAUGUAGAAUGAGGCUAGAAUAGCUGAAGAAACCAAAACUACAGAGCGCCAGUUAUGGAGAGAGCACAGUAGAGAGUUAAGCACUGAUCUGCAGUGAUUAGGGUUAAGCACUGAACUGAAAACGGUUAGCUUUCAAAUAUUCUAAUGGGGUACGGCAUAAGAACAUGUAUGUUUUAAAUAUUAUUGGAUUUGGCAGCUAGUCCUCGAUGGUGUAGUGGAUAUGGAUGUAGGCUAUAAAGCAAGUGACCCGGGUUCAAAGCAUUACAUGCUAGUG